AAUUUGAAAGAUUUGGUGAAUACAGUUGAAAAAUGGUUUGGUGAACGGAACAUUCUGGCAUUGCCUUCUUCAGCGGCAAUACGGCAAUACCUGUUCUGCUCCUCCGUUUUCUGUAAUUCCAUCGCCUCUGUGCUUCGAUUCGGGUUUAUUGCUGAAGAAGUAUGGUGUAUAGCAUUGACGGACUGGAAAGGAGCUGAUGAAAGUGGAUCCGUUUGCGAAAAAGAAGGAAAGUGGCGUGAAUCUUAAGGGGAAAUUGGGUGUGUUGGAGCAGGAGACAGGGCGGAGAAAAAAAGCUAGAGGCAAAUACAAUCUUGUGGAUGCCCUAAACCUCGAGGUCGUUGUCGCAUUUGUUGCCUGACCUCAUAAACCCUCUUUGGGUCCUUAAUUUCUAAAACCCUCGCCAUGGCUGAACCAAUUUCAUCCUCCGAUCUGACUUUCGAUGAUUUAUCUUCGGAGUUUGAUAACCUGCCUGUCCCAUCCAUGGAUCCGCUCUUUUUCUCCGGCAACGAGCAUGCCAUGCCCUCUGAAGCAUUCGCGUCGGAUCUUGAAUUAGCCAUGGAGUUGGGGACUGAUGGCGAUUUUGAGAUUUCCUUUGACGAUCUUGGCGAUCUCCAUAUUCCUCACGAAACCGAUGAUUUCCUGCUCUCCGAUGGCUAUGCUCAGCCGCCUGGAUCGCAUGAAUUGAAUGACCAUGGUAAGCAGUUGAGCUACGACAAUGCCAAUUCUGGGUCACCUGACUCGGAUAGUUCUUCGGGUUCGGGGAAUCGGAAUCCUGAUGUUUCAGAGUUUUUGAACACAAAAUCACCUGAGUCCGGUAGUUGCGAGCGUUCUGUGACACACUCUUUGGAAAAUUCGGGUGACCAGAACUCCCCUCAUUCACUGCAUGUCAAGGUUUCGAGCUUUAAAUCGCCAGAUUCGGAUUCUUGCGACAGGGAAUCUUCUGGUGGGUCCAUUUCAUCCCAGGGUUCAGGCAACGGUGGUUUAGGUGACUCGUGUGCUGAUGAAGUGAUGAAAACGUCUUCACCAGAUUCUUACAGCGACGACAGAGACAUUUCUUCUCAUGGGAUUACUCAUCAAAAUAUGAAAUUGGAGGACAUGGGUAAAAACUGUGAUUUGAAAAGGAAGAAGCAACAGAAUGAAGGAAAUACCGAGGCGAGAACUACCAAGUACCGAAAGUCUACGGUGAAUACCUCUCAACAGUCUGAUCUUAAUGCCGUGGAUGAAGAGGACGGGAAAAGGAAGGCUAGGCUGAUGAGGAAUAGAGAAAGUGCCCAGCUCUCCAGACAGAGAAAGAAGCACUAUGUGGAGGAGCUUGAGGAGAAGGUGAGGUCAAUGCAUUCCACCAUAACUGAUUUAAGCAGUAAGGUAUCGUUUGUUAUGGCCGAGAAUGCUGCUUUGAGACAGCAAUUGAGUGGCGGUGGAACUUGCCCGCCGCCAGCUCCAGGGGUGUACCCUCAUCCUCCAAUGGCACCAAUGCCUUUUCCAUGGGUGCCGUAUGCACCCUAUGUUGUCAAACCGCAAGGUUCUCAGGUUCCUCUAGUUCCUAUCCCCAGAUUGAAGUCUCAACAGUCGCAAUCUGCGCCAAAAGCCAAAAAAUCCGAUAAUAAGAAGACUGAAGGAAAAACUAAGAAGGUUGCUAGCAUUAGCUUGUUGGGUUUGUUUUUCUUUAUAUUUCUUUUUGGUGGACUCGUUCCUCUAGUUAAUGUUAAGUUUGGAGAUAUAUGGGACAAUGUUCCCAGGAGGCCCAUCUCUGCUACUGAUAGGUUCUAUAGUCACCACGGAGGAAAAGCUUGGGAGGUUAAUGGUCAUAUAAAUACAUCUGAAGGAGAAAAGGGAGUAAAAUUCUCUAGCGGGAAUUUGGGUAUUUCCGACAGAACGUUAUAUGAGAAAGUUCGCAAAUUAGAAGAAACACUGAGACAACAGGACUCACCAUGUAGAAUGAGCUCAGAUGACUUUGUUCAUAGAGGAAAUACUAGUGACUCCGAGCCUCUUCUUGCUUCUCUGUAUGUUCCAAGGAAUGAUAAGCUAGUGAAAAUUGAUGGAAACUUGAUAAUUCACUCUGUUCUGGCUACUGAAAAAGCCAUGGCAUCUGAUACUGCUCAUACAGAAAAGAAUACGAGAGAAAAUGGAUUGAUGAUUUCUAAAAAUUGGGAUUCUGCACUGGCUAUUCCUGACGUUGCAAGGAACAGCGGUCAACAACCUCACUCAUAUAGGAGCCCGCCUGAACAGCGGAAGGCUCUUGCCUCUGGUUCAGCUGAAACAUUGAAGAACCAUUUAAAGUCAACUGCGACUGAUGGUAAAAUGCAACAAUGGUUUCGUGAAGGUCUUGCUGGGCCAAUGUUGAGUUCUGGGAUGUGCACGGAGGUUUUCCAGUUUGAUGCUUCGCCAAAACCGGGAGCUAUAGUUCCAGCAUCAUCAGUUGCAAAUGUUUCUCCUGUUAACCGCCAGAAUGAUACAAGCAUCAACAAGAGAAGGAAUAGAAGGUUCCUUCACAAGCUGCCACGUUCCCUUGCCGGAUCUGGUCUCAACACAAGUGAAGAACAUGUUAUGAGAAAUUCCCAGAACGAGAACCUCCAUGGUAAUAAAUCAACAUCUUCCAUGGUGGUUUCGGUCCUUGUUGAUCCCAAAGAGGUGGGAGAUGCUGACGUGGAUGGUGUGAUGAAGCCUAAAUCACUUCCUCGGAUUUUUGUGGUUGUGCUUAUAGAUAGUGUCAAGUAUGUCACUUACUCGUGUGGCCUUCCACGAGCAUCUCCCCAUCUUGUGACUGCCUGAUCGCCCCUGGGGUUGAAAAUCCUUUGGCUGGACGACAAUGUUUUUGUUAAGAGAUAUCUGACUCACACAUCAUUUCCUCCGUUAAACAAGAAAAGGGGACAAUGAGAAGGAGAAAGCAUGAAGCUGUGCUUCAGUUCUGUACAUAACAUGGUUUUUGGCUAAUUUUACCCUACUGUAUUGUGCUGUUCUUUGUAAACGACUCUCAGCGGAGACCUUAACUUUAUGAAUUAUGCGGGAAUCCUCGGUAGUACUAGUAUUUGAACAUAGACAACCUUGAUGUAAUACUUUUCUCAAAACUUACCGUGAGGUCUAACAAUAUGGUGAAAAUGCAAUAUUUAGAUCUUGAAGAAUUUUUU